ACGAGCCCUAACAGCGUCAGACUGAUGGGUUGCGAUUGGGUAACAGACAGACUACAGACUUUAAGCUAGACCCCCAGAAUGGUCUCCUCUCUGAGAGCCUGAGCAACUGAGGGAACGAGCGAAGUGGAGAGAGAGAGAGAGAGAGAGAGAGAGAGAGAGGAGAUGUUUCUAAGAAUGGUGGCGAGGCCGUUGAUGGCCAAGGUGAAGGAGACGACGGGGAUCGUCGGUUUAGAGGUGGUCCCCAACGCGAGGGAGGUGCUGAUCAAACUGUACGCCAAAACCCUAAAGGAGAUCGAGGUCGUGCCUGAAGACGAGGGUUACCGGAAGGCCGUGGAGAGCUUCACCCGCCACCGCCUCAAGGUCUGCCAGGAGGAAGAGGACUGGGAGACGAUCGAGAAGCGCCUCGGCUGUGGCCAGGUGGAAGAGCUCAUCGAAGAGGCCCAGGACGAACUCAAACUCAUCGACAAGAUGAUCGAGUGGGAUCCAUGGGGUGUGCCUGAUGAUUAUGAAUGUGAAGUUAUUGAGGAUGAUGCUCCAGUUCCUAAGCAUGUUCCACUGCACCGACCUGGGCCUCUUCCCGAGGAGUUCUACAAGACAUUGGAUGCUGUUAAUUCCGGCACAUUGCAGGAUGCUAUUUCAAGCUUAAAAAAGGAUGAACCUGCAAUAACAUCUGGGGAUGCGCAACCAAAGGAGUAGUACUGUGCCGCUGGAAGUCAUUUUUUGGAUAUUCAUAGAUAGAUAUCUUAGCUAUCGAAGCUGUAUCCUUGCCCUCUUAAUGGUUCUUGCUCGUUACUUCAAAAUGUGUGAGUUUGCUGAAGGUGAACAGACUUUUGUUGUCAGAAUCAAAGCUUGAACUGACCAAAUAAUUAUUCAGAAAAGCAACCGAGUUGAUUUUCUCC